GGUCCAGAUCCUCGUCUCAACCUGGACGCCGACCGUCAGGCUCCCAGGUGGUAGACUAUACUUCACGCCCGCCUAUGCCCGCGACGGCAAACAGCUUGUCAGGAAUGAACAACGCUCCGCGGAAGGUUUCGAUUCCUUCGAAGCUCAAUCCCCUCGCUCAGGCUCUGUCGAUCAACACAGCGCUGCUAUCACCUCCCCUGCCAUCAUCGACAUUGUCCCUCGUCCCCCCUCCGCCGAUCCCGCAUGGGAACUUACCCACCACCCCGACAUCACCUUUGCCCCCCUUACCCCCAAAUGACGCUUUGCGAAAGCCUUACCAUCUAAUGAGCCUACUCCGCCAGACAAUGUCGUCGAAGACCGGCGGGUACAUCACGAGGCGUUUGCAUGUCCCAUAUGAGGUCUGGUCACAGGGUGGUGUCAAGCUGAACAACCUAGCCGAGAAAGUGCGAGUAGUCGAAGUACUCUGCUCAGCCCUUGAAGACGUGGAGAAGUGCAGCGCAGAAGUAUUUGGCGCCGGAAAUGUCAGCAGUGGUAUGGGCCUGGGGAUCGGCAGCGUCGGUCGGAAAGAAGGUGAAUCAUGGGCAGCCAAGUUGGACGACUUCUCUUCGGUUUGCGAUAGUGUUGUCGCUAACUUUGGGAAGAAGCUUGGAGUAGGCGAGGGAUUUGCGUUGCAGAAAAAGAGUGGUAUGACAUCAUGGGGGGGCAAAUUGACCCGGCAAUUUGACAAGUUUACCGCCGGUAAAAACCUCGAUUCGCCAACUGCAUAUACCCAAGGUCUAUGCCGGCUGUUCUCUCAGGCGCAGUUGCUUGACGAGCAUACAAAGGCCAUCAUGUCGCAGGCUCCGACGUACGCGGCCUUGCCUGCUGAUAUACGGACUGCCCUGGAUUUCAAGCUGAAACAUGCGUCGGACUUUUUCGCGCGGGUCGUUUUGACGUUCGUGAUCAGGGACCUGUCUCUCCUCCUUGACAAGUACGCAAAGAAAUGUGAAAAGUGGCUCGCGGAGUAG